AUGAACGCAGAGGAGCAAAACAAACUGGGGUCGAGCUAACCGCCAUUGUGGCUCGCUAAGCGCGUCCUCGCUUCGUCAUGGCGGAGGGCAGCGGGAGCGUUAACCACGCCAUCCUCCCUCCGGGGGACCCUCAGCUUAUCGCGAUGAUCGUGGAGCACCUGAAGAACCGGGGCCUUUUCGACGAGUUCCGCCGGGACUGUUUGGCAGACGUUGACACCAAGCCUGCUUACCAGAACCUUCGCCAGAAGGUGGACAACUUUGUCGCGUCCCACCUGAGUACUCAGGACUGGAACCCGUCCAUCAACAAGAACCAGAUGAGGAACGGACUAAGACACAGUGUUGUCCAAUCUGGCAUGUUGGAGUCCGGGGUGGACAGGAUCAUCACGCAGGUCGUGGACCCAAAGAUGAACCACACGUUCCGACCGCACAUCGAGACCGCCAUCCACGACUUCCUGUCAGGGGAGAAAAGGGAGGACAGCAACACUGGCCCGGCCGAGCAGACGGAGCCGUGCGAGGGCCAGUCCGCCUCGGGCCCCAGGACCCCUUCGGCUCCGCGCCCGCGCACCGCACACGCCCCUCCCCUCCUCCCCACUACGCCCCGCGCAGACAUGAACACGCAUGCGCCGGCCGUGCUCCUGCUUCUCUGGCUCUCCGCGUGCGGACACCUGCGCGGCUCGGACAUGCGCGACGUCACGGACGACAGACACGCGGCCGACGCCAAACGUCGCCUCUCCCCGCAGAGCACAGCGGCCAUCCAGACGUGCCUGCUGGGUUCAGACGACGUGGGCUGCGAGACUUUCCAGUGCUUCAGCAACAACUCGUGCGAGAUCCACGGGCUGCAUCGCAUCUGCGUCACGCUGCUGCACCACGCGGGGAACUACGACUCACAGGGCAAGUUGUCGGUGAAGGAGGCGCUGCGGUGUCUGGCGCUGGGCCUCCGUCAGCGGUUCAGCUGCAUCAGUCGUCGCUGCGUGGCCGUGAAGGAUCUGCUCUUCUCGCUGCAGAGGGACUGCUUCUCCAAGCACCAGCUGUGUCUCACCGUGCGGGACCACCUGGACACAGUCAGCAGCCUGGUCCACUUCCACCUGCUCUUCCCCCCCGGACCGCAUGCUGAGCUGAUGAACUUCCUGUUGGAGUGCGGCGGCGACGUCCGGUCCUGGGUGGGCCGCCGCCUGCGGGGACAAUGUGAGCAGCACUGGGGGGCGCUUUGCGGCAGUUUCAGCCCCGCCUGUCUGGACGACCCACCCACCGGCACGCCAAGACCACCGGCCGUAGCGACCCAAGCGGCGGACAACGUGACAUGGUCCGGACUCAAUGCCACGGAGAACCCCUAACCUGUUUUUGUAUUUUUAUACUUUUUACAUUUUUUUAAACCAGGACAAAACUAUCUACCUCACCGCUAACCAGCAGGGGGCGCCAACACUCUUCACUCUUGUAUUUUUUUUUUAGUUUAUAAACCGGUUAUGUACGAGUCUUUUAAUGUAUUUUUCAUUUACGAGAAAUGUGACGUUUAUUUAAAUAAAAGCCAAACAAACAAA